CAUCCACUGCGCCGCGUCACAAAGUACCUAGUAGUCAUGGGCAACAUCUGUGGUAAGACAGAGCCCGAGGCUUUCUCACAGCCCGGCCGUGUCUUGGGUACCGCGCCUCCUCCGGCUUCCGGCACAGCACCGGUCCCAAAACAAGUCGGCGGCCCUCCGAGAACCUUGGGAGGUGGAUCAGCCACUGCCGCCUCAGGUUCAGACGAUCCAGAGAAUGCGCGAAGGAAAGCUGCCGAAGCUGCCGAGGCUCGCGCCAAGGCUGCAUCGAAGCCGGGUGGAAAGUUGCAGACACAGCUGGCAGCGCAGAAGAAGCAGACUCGCUCAGAAACGUUGAAAGAUGCUAGCCAAGAGCAGCUUCGAGCGCGUGAAGCGGAUCAAGCAACAGAAGCCCGAAAUUGGUCAUGAGAAAGGUUUCGCGAUCUCGGAUUGAUGGGCCAGGACAUGUUUCUGUAUGGAAAGAAAGAUGAGUUCGAGUCAUGCGACUUGUGCAGCGGCGUGGCAAUCAAUCUUGAUUUCAUGCAUGCGUUGGGACCAAGAUAAUGUCGGUAUAUACCAACCUGGGAGGCUGGUGGUCAGCGUCGUU